AUUUUUCAAUUUUACUAUAAUUGUUUUGCAGUAAAAUAUUUCGUCAAAAGUAAAAUAUUUUCAGUCAACCAAAUCAAUCUAAAAAAAUUUAUGUAAUAUAUUUUACAAUUAAAAUUUUGGUAAAACAUUUUACAAUUGCUUACUUCUUUGCAACCUCGGAUACUUAAUCACUCUUCUCUUUUCGCUCCCACCCAUGGUCACUUUAUGCUCAAACUCUCCCAGAUCAUAUUUCUCUCCAAAAAAACCCAGCCACCUCCAGUCCUCUCUCCCAUCAAUCCUUGGCUCCAAUGUUUAAUCUGUUUAAUCUACUCUUUUAUUUUAUAAACUGCCAGCUCCAGCUUCUGCCGGAGCCGCCCAUCGCCGGCGAAACCCAGGUUUGAUUUCUACUCCUUGCUGGAAAAACUCAAAGUUUCAGAAAUAUUUGCAGGUGUUUAUUUCUUCUCGUGAACUUAUUUAUUGAUACCUGGAAUGGUGUUCAAUUUGAGAUGUUAUACAAACUUCCCUUUUCAUACCCAGCUGGUUUCUUCUAAUAUCUAUGAUUGUACAUGUCCAACUAAGACUCAUGCCAUAUUUGUACCAAAUCUGCCUAUGAAUGCAACUGUUGAACAACUUGAAGCGGUUUUCAACAAUUUUGGGCCUAUUAAGCAUAAUGGUAUUCAAGUUAGAAGUAGCAAGCAACAGGGGACAUGUUUUGGUUUCGUGGAAUUUGAAUCUGCCAGUUCGAUGCAAAGUGCUAUUGAGCUAACAAUGACAGAGGGAGGUUUCCUGGACGGGCUGGUUAUCGAAAUGAUAACUUUAGGGGCCGUGGAAACUUCAGUGGUGGAAAUUUUAGUGGAGGCUAUGGCUAUGGGGAGAAAUGAAUUUGAGAGGCGAGGUGAUUUCUCAAAAGAAGUUUACAAGAUGAUUUACAAGCUUCAGCUAAAGCUCAAAGAAGUGGUACUAUAAAUAGAUUAACCUUUUUAAUCAUUGGUGAUGUCUCAGUAUAAUUUAUCAUAGUAUCCCUUAAACAUUCAUGAUCAAUGUAUAUUCAUUAUUUUGAACUUGUAUAAGUAGAUUCAACCUUUUUAGCCAUUCGUCUGUCCCUAUGUAAUUUUUGGAAGUUAAUAAAAAAAAAAUGUUUUAAAUUUU